AUGGACUCAGAUGCCGAGAACGAAGUGCCAGUGCCUGACCCUGUCUUUCCAUCAUCCCCUGCUCGACCUACAGUUGCUGGUGCGCCGGACAUCAACACAUCUCAGUCUCGUGGUCCGGUAGCCCCGCGGACCGUCCCGUAUGUGACAUUAGACGAUAAAUUCGCACAGGGGGAAGAAGGCAAGACAUAUUUCAGCCGGCCGAACCGCUACUUCGGCCCCGUGUCGACGUGGAACUCUUGGACGAAGGCGGAAAGGACAGUGGCUCUGAGUCUGGACCGUGUGCGCAGCCAGGACCUCAGUAUUCACCUCUUUGACGCUUUCGGGCUGAAGCGCAAGCUGCGGCAAGAAGGAGGUGGAGGGAGGGAAUCAAAGCGCAGUAAGAAGGGCAAGGAGAGAGCGUCGUCGGUCCUCUCCACGACGUCGAGGGACGAUGAGGACGAGUCUAAUCAGGCACGACACACUGGGGGGAGAAAUGGACUGGCCAGAUCCUGGACAGCCUGGCCCAUACCUCCUGAUCAGGUUCCCCGGGAAGAAUUGUUGCCCCGAAUGGAGGGAGAUGGCGGGUAUCGCAUGGCAGUCGACUCGCGGCCUAGUGCCAACCUUGAAGAAUGGCUGAUUGCCACCGCUACGAGGAUCGCUCGAGAACGAUGGAAUGAGAGGCGCUGGGAAGCCCCAUCCACGACCGGCGCAUCACAGAGGGAUAUGAAAGUCGACCAUGGAGAGGCUGAGGUGGACGUGCCCGAGGAUCAAGAAGCUGUGGAAGAGGCAGAGAGUCCGGACUCGCCAGAAGCCACAGAAGAACCAGUAUUCUACUCCCAACCGUUUUCGUUCUACGAUGAUGAUGAUGCUGCUGAGCAGGCGUCCGUUCCCGCCGAAGGAGAGAGUGACAGUGAUACGAGUGAGACGGAGCGACGCCCCGUUCCCCUUGCGGACGACGAAAAGGCGCGUGAAUACUUUCUUCCUAGCGCGCGACAUAUCCUGAGCCAAGUCGAUGAUUUGCUGCUCGGUCUUCAUAAAGCUAGAUACGCAUACGCAUUCAAGCCACCAAGCAAGCGCAGGGCGAAAUAUUCUCACAGUCCCGAAGACGACACAAGCGACUUCGCCCGGGGAAGAAGCGGUUCGCGUCCUGCUGCUAGGCAGAGGGCACGUUCAGCGUCCGUGUUCACCGACAUAUCGAGCGCGUCGGUCCCCUCUGCUGCUUCUGGUGCACGGUCCCGAAGGGUCGAGAAUCUCGGCUUACGCGAUUGGAGCGAUGUGAUGGGCAUGGCUACCCUGACACGAUGGGAUCCCGCAGUUGUUGAACGCGCAAGUCGGCGAUGUGCAAAGCUGUUUGACGGGAACAUGCUGUACCGCACUUUCUACGAGGGAGAGGGCAAGGAUGGGAGUGCAUCACACUUUACGGAACACCUUGCUUAUGAGUCUGAAAGUCAAGCGCCAUCUCGGACGGGAGAACAAGAAGCAGAAUCCACCGAAGACGAAGGUCUUUUAAUCCGCACCUCCAGACCCUGCGAAAGGUGUCAGGCGACGAAAGGCGAAUGUCAGCCCGCGAACGGCGAACAUGGAGGAGCAAGAACGUGCAGAAACUGCCAAGAAAUGGGUAACGCAUGCUCAGGAAUUCAAGUCCAAGUGGUCAAGAAUGAUCAUAUUUGUCCACAUCAAUCUUGUCCGAGACACAAGGUUCCCUUUCGCAAAAGAUGGUACCUCCAUAGGCACUUGGAAAGCGUACACAGGCAAAGACGUGGUUCGUGGGCGAUCAAGAAGACGCCAGCUUCGCGCAGUACUAGUAUCAGCGCCAACAGCGCCAAUCUCGAGUUUGAUACCGACAGAGAAUCAGACAACGAUCCGGAGCACCAGAUCGUCUGCCCUGUCCCAUCAUGCCCACGAGCACGAGUGCCUUUUUCAAAGGGCAAGAAACUCUACGAACACAUACGACGGAUGCAUCCAGAUAUGGACGUCGAUAAAGUCAAGAAGAGUGAGGCGUCACGCAGGGGGGAGAAAAGAGGUAGAUGGCGGGAUGAGAGACGGACGAGGAGUAAGAGUAAAAGUCGGAGCAAGAGUCGCUUUGGCGAUGUUAGUCGCAGUCAAAGUCGGACUCGAAGUCGACGAGCCGGUGCGACGAGGGAGGAAUAUGGUGAGAGUGAGAACGAAAGUAAGUGGAGGUCCAUAGAUGAGGAUCGAUAA